AUGGCAAACGCAGCGGAUAGUCAGCCUUUCUUCGAGCAACAUGCUCGCAAGAUCGGAAUGGAGCAGCCACUCUUGGACAAAUUCAUAGCUGGAGGGGUCAAGACGGUGUCCAUGGCAGCCUAUGCCGCCACUCAACCGGGUCAACCUCUCACAGAUAGGGAGGUCUCCACUCUAUGUACGAGUCUGGGGCAGAACAACCCCACUCUUGCACAGAUGACAGUUGUCAAGAGGCUCCUGUUUGAGUGCCAGACCAUGAGCUUGGCAAACUUGAAGGCAACCGUGGAACAGCAGCCGGACUCAGUCCUACGUAAGCUGCCAGGAGCUGAGAGAGCCCAGCGCCUGGAAUUGCAGGCUCAAAGGCUGGGCGGACUCUCGAUUGAGCAUGACUUGGAGCCCGCCUUUUCAGUAUAUGAUGCCGUGUCGACACAGGUAGAGCAAGGGUCGCUGAAAUACCUGCACCCGAGCAAGAUCCCCACGCGUCGCCAGGAAUUGGCGCAAGGCAAGCCAACCAAGGAACUUGUGCUGGAUGCUUCGGGGGAUGGCCUCUCGGUUCAAGACAAAUCCUCUAAAGUAGAGGCCCAGUUGGGGUCAGACAUGGCGACUUACAGGGCGCUGCAAAGACGGGGUCUGGCCUACGACCUCGUUGGCAUUUUGAGUUUCAAGGUGCACGAGAAAUGGCUUCAGAAGGCCUUUGCUACCUUGCAGACCCCACCGCCCCCAGGCUUCAACCGUCCGACGCUGCAGCAGGUCCUGCGAGCAGAUCGGGCCUUGUGGAUGGAGCUUGGCAGCAAACAGCCGACCCUGACAAGGGCAGCGGCGAACGCGCCGCUCGCGGACGCCCGGUGCUUAGAUCAAGUCUUUCUGGAAGCCACCAACACGGUUGCAGUCAAUUUCCACUUCAUGCCGACACCUCGUGUGGAAGGGUUCCCAGAUAGAGGAGGCAAAGGCGCUGGCAAGGGCCCCAAGCGCUGGGGCGAUGGAAAAGGGUAUGGACAAUGGAAAUAUCAGAGGACCGACAAAGGAGACAAGGGCCAGGGAGGCAAAUCAGGCCUCAAGGGGGCCCGCCUCCCCACAAAGGGCAAAUUUGACAGUGGCAAGGGAGGCUUUCCGAACAAGUCCCUUGUCUUGCAAGGAGGCAAGGGGGAGACCCCCAUGCCGGCCGCCUUGCGAGGCGGAGUGCCGAACGACGAGCAAGGAGAGCCUCUUUGUUUUGGCUUCAACCUAGGACAGUGCAAGGACGUUGCUUCCGGAAGCAUCCCUUUUCUGAGCACAAGCAUUCAGGCGGACAGGCCCGAAGAGAGCUGCAAGGACUCGUACCCUGCUGCUUUUGCGAAAGGGCAAGAGAAGCAGCCCCCGCUCAAGCGGGUGGCUGAGCCAAUCCCACAAUUUUCCAAGCCUCCAGCCGAGGCUUCUGCAUUUUCACCUCAGGCGAGUCAUCACGGCGCGCAGAGGUCUGGACAAGCGCAAUGUACUGCGCCCCAGACCAUACAGGAGUGUUGGGUUUUGGAAAUUUUCGCGGGGUCGGCCGGGAUUACCUCGGCAGCUGCUUCAGCCGGCCUCAAGCGGUCAGUCGGAGUAGACAAUGUCCGCAUGCCGAGGCGCAAGGGCAAGAUCAUACAGCUGGACUUGCUCCUGUUGUCGCACCAAGGUCUUCUGUGGAAAUGGCUGGGUUCUCCAGGACUGGUCGCCGUAUGGCUGGCGCCGCCCUGCGGCACAUCCAGCAGGGCCAGGGAAAUCCCGUUUCCGGGGGAGGGCGAGCCGCGUCCUUUGCGGUCAGUGGAGUGCCCGGAAGGGCUCCCAGGCCUUGGCCCAAGCGAUGCAGAAAGGGUGGCAAAGGCUAACGAGCUUUACCGGCUCACGGCCCGAAUCUGGGACUUCUGCUGCGAAAAUGACAUUGUGGUAAUCAUAGAGAACCCCUAUCGCAGUUUCUUUUGGCAUUGCAGCGCCAUUGAACACAUCCUCAGGAGUGAACAGGCGAUCGUGGUCCAGUGCGACUUUUGCAUGAUGGGAGGUUCGAGAUUGAAGCGGACGGCCCUGCUGUGCAACAGCGACCUCAUCACAGGCCUGGCUGUCACGUGUGAUGGAUCCCACGAGCACCUGCCCUGGAAAGUGCAAGAGGGAGUUCUCGCAACAAAGCUUGAGACUGCGUAUCCACACCAGUUUUGUAAGCACUUUGUUUCCCUGCUGCUGCAGCAUCUGACACAGAAGGGUUGUCGGGAUGGUCUGAAUCUCUUGGAGGCAGAUCCCGCAAACUCCUCAGGAGCCAGGGUGGUAACGACACAGGCGAAGACCAAAAGGGCUGCAUCGUUUCAGGUUAUCCCCGAAUUUCGCAGACGAAUCAGAUGGACAGUGCCCGGCCAACUCCGUAGUACUCUCCAGACUACACAGUGGUUGGCACCGGACAGGAUCCCGGGCUUCAAGGCGCCAGGAGCCCCGGCGCUGAGAGUGACGCCCCUACUGUCUUCUGCGACGGAUGUGCUGGUGGAGGUCCCGUGGAACCCACAGGAAUUUGUGGCGAAAGCCCGACUGGCCGGCCACCCCCGACACCUGUGUCUCGGGGUGCCACCCGCCCUGCGGAAGGCAAUUUUGGCGUGUUCUAAACAGCCUGCAAGCAAGGUGAUUGAGACUCGAGCCGCGCAGUCACGGAGAUGGCUCCAGCGAGCCCAGGAGCUGCAGUUAGCUGAGGACGACUUCAAAGCCAAGCUGCCCGAGCACAUCCGCAGCAGCCUCCGUAACAAGAGAAUACUGCUCUUCAAAGAGAUGCUAGAAGCGUCCCACUACGCCGACAAGGCAGUGGCAGACGACCUGGCACAGGGUUUUGAUCUUGUGGGGCAUUUAGACCUUCCGGCAGGCUGGUCCACCGACUUUCGUCCAGCAUUCCUCUCCCUGAAGGACCUGUCCCAACUGACGCAGGAGACGAACCACCAGGUCAUCAAGGAAGUUGAGGACUCAUCUCAGUUCUUGGAAGAACUGUGGCAGAAAAGUCUCGAUGAAGUGUCAAAAGGCUGGUCGGAAGGACCUUUCCGAGAGCAGGACUUGCCACAAGGAGCUGUAGUCAGCAAACGUUUUGCGAUCCAACAAGGAAACAAGGUCAGGCCGAUUGACGACCUGUCCCAGAGCCACAUCAACGAGGCAUUCGGGAGCAUGGGGAAGAUCGAGUUGCAUGACAUCGAGACAAUUGCAGCGUCGGCCAUAUUGUUCCUGAGGCACGCAGGACAAGGACUGCUUGGUAAAACCAUUGACCUGAAAUCAGCAUAUAGGCAACUACCACUGUCCGAAGAGGCACUCAACAUGGCCUACGUGGCUGUCAAGGACCCCAAUUCGGGGGAGGUUCGCUUCUUUAGGCUUCUCUGCCUUCCAUUCGGCGCUGUGGCGGCGGUCCAUGCAUUCAUUAGGGUCAGCCUGGCUAUUUGUCAUAUAGGAAACACGUUUUGGCACUUGCCUUGGAGCUCUUUUUACGAUGACUUCACACUGUUGUCAACACGACAGCUGGCCACUAGCGCAGAGGCCAGUGCAUGUUUUCUGCUAGACUUGCUCGGCUUUGAGUUUGACAGAGACGGAGACAAGGCCCAGCCGUUCCAGGAGGUCUUCAGAUCUUUGGGGGUCGAAUUUGACCUUACAGACAGCAGCAAGCAGAUAAUUAGAAUCCAGAAUACAGCAGAGCGGACCAACAGUCUCAUCGAAGACCUGGCAGCCUUUCAGGAGCAAGGAGCCUCAAGCCCUAAGACCUGGAAUCGACUGAGGGGAAGGCUGCACUUCGUGGCGGGCCAACUCUCUGGGCGCUUGCCGAAGGGCUUCAUGAGAAGAAUCUCUGACAUCAUCAAUGCCCCCGCAUAUGUCAGGAGACAAAACCAAGCCUCCCUUUGCGCAGCACUGCAGGGGCUACGACACUACAUAGCCGAGGCGUCGCCGAGGAUAGUGCGAGCCCAGACCUCAGAGACGGUGUACGCUUUUACGGACGCCUCGCAAGAAGGACUCCAAGGCCUCGAAAUGGGCCUGGGAGCAGUCCUGUUCAAUCAGGAGGGGCACAUCCUGUGCUGGUUUGGCAUUGUGUUGCCGCAUGACCUUGCUGAGAAACUUCUGCAAGGAAAGUCUAAAGUCAUCAACGAGCUCGAGAGCAUAGCUGUUCUCCUGCUAUUCAUUCUAGCCCGAGAGUUUCUGCGGGGGAAACAUGUGAUGUGCUACUUAGACAAUGAGGCGGCGCGCAUAACGCUCCUCAAGCUGACCAGCGAUUCAGAGGCUUUGACCCUCUUGAGCAAUGCUUGCGCAUUGUUAGAACAGGAGCUUGAGAUGAUCCCGUUCUACGCUCGGGUACCGAGCAAAUCCAACGUGGCGGACGCCCCGUCUCGCCUUGACUUUACAGGGCUGCCACACAAUUGCAGGUUCCAAGACCAGGUGCUUCUUGCGGAAAUGGCCAAGCUGGUGAACUCGCUCGUCGGGCGCGGGGCCUGA